UUGAUUUCUUCUCCUUGUGUAAUCUGAGAGUGCUGUACAGUCUGAGUGCACACAUCCGGAGCGCUGAGGGUGAGAACAGCGCGCGCUUCGGACUGACUAACUGACUGACUGACACACUUUACACUUUACACUUUACUAGCUGCAUGGAUAUAAACCUGGACAAAAUGAGAGGGUUAUGGACGUUUCUUUUGCUCAACAUCUUGGGAAGAGCUAUCUGGGGUUUCCCGCAGCGGUGUAAACCUGGCAGCUAUCUUCAAGGACAGUGCAGAAGUCUUCCUGAGGAAAAACCCAAAUGUACAGAGAUCAUCUUGACCUACUGUAAAGAUCUGCCCUACUCCACCACCAUGUACCCUAACCUCCUGGAACAAAAAAGUCGCACUGAGGCUGAGCAGAGUGUGGAGUAUCUGCUUCUGAAUGUAGUUCAUUCAGUGUUAAAUGGGGAGUGCAAUCCAGAUAUACGCAUGCUGGGCUGCUCCAUCAUAGCGCCACGCUGUGAAAACAACAAGAUCCUAAAGCCCUGUCGCAGCGCCUGCGAGUCUGUGCACAAAGCCUGUGACCACAUGUUUGAGCGCAUUGGAAUGGCUUGGCCCUACUAUCUAGACUGCGACCGCUUUUUUGUUAGUGAAGAAGAGGGCUGCUAUGACCCACUGGAAGGCCUGAGAGAGAAAGAGGAGCCUGAACUGGAUAGCAUUCCAAUAGAGGAGUCCACAUCAAUAGUGCCGUUCAUGUAUCACUCCAACACACAGAUGUUCAACAUCCUCAAUAAGACAGCAGAAGAAUGCUCUCAUAUUUCAAGAACAUACAGCAUUGGACAGAGUGUUGAAAAGAAAGACCUGCUGGUAAUUGAGUUUUCAAGCAACCCUGGAGAACAUGAACUAUUGGAACCAGAGGUCAAGUACAUUGGAAACAUACAUGGAAAUGAGGUCAUGGGCAGAGAGCUACUGAUUUACUUGGCUCAGUACCUGUGCUCUGAGUAUCUGGUGGGAAAUACACGGAUCCAGGCUCUCAUCAACACCACACGCAUCCACAUUCUGCCCUCCAUGAAUCCUGAUGGCUAUGAAUUAGCCCAUUCUGAAUUGUCCAGAGUUUCUGACGCAGAUUAUGAUGAGGACGCCAUAUACACUGGGUAUACAGCUGGUCGUCACAAUGCCCAGAAUAUAGACCUCAAUAGGAAUUUCCCAGACUUGAAUUCUUUUGUCUACAACCAGCGUAGACUCAAGUACUUUCGCAGUGACCAUAUUCCCAUCCCAGACUCAUACUGGCUUGGUAAGGUUGCUCCAGAGACGUAUGCUGUUAUGAAAUGGAUACGGUCCAUUCCAUUCGUUCUGUCUGCUAGCUUUCAUGGAGGAGACCUGGUGGUGUCUUACCCUUAUGACCUUUCAAAGCAUCCUCUCGAAAAGAGCAUGUUCUCUCCCACUCCAGACGAGCAGGUCUUCAGACAGUUGGCCAGGACUUAUGCAAAUGCCCAUGCCACAAUGUCCAGCGAGGACACAGACAGGUGUGGUGGCCACUUUGCUGAUAAAGGGGGGAUUGUAAAUGGGGCUCAGUGGUACAGCAUACAAGGAGGAAUGGGAGACUUUAAUUACCUCCACACAAACUGCUUUGAGAUAACAGUAGAGCUGGGCUGUGACAAAUUCCCAGCAGAGGACGAUCUAUAUACAGGCUGGAGAGAAAAUAAAGAGGCUCUCCUGACUUUCUUGGAGUCGGUGCAUAUGGGAAUUAAAGGAAUUGUGAAAGAUGAAGAUGGCCAUGGCAUUAAAGGAGCCAUUGUGUCAGUCAGAGGGAACAGGCAUUACAUCACCACAGCUGAAAAUGGUGAUUAUUGGAGACUGCUGACACCAGGCACCCACAUUGUCAGUGCCUCAGCACCGGGUUAUAGCAGAGUCAUGAAGAGGGUGCACCUCCCUUCUCACAUGCAGACUGCUGGUCGAGUGGACUUUGUGCUCAAGAAAGUUCCACUGGAGCCAGAUAUUCAUGAAUUAAACAAUCAUUUGGAUAACUAUGAGCGGUUUGACCCUUAUAACCAGCUGGCACGGUAUUACACAAGGGAAUCUAGGCAGAGGGAGGAGGAGAGGGAGCAGAAGCCGUGGUGGUGGUCCUAUUUUACACAGCUGAGUAACCAAAACCCCUCCUGGCUCCUGAGGAAUUAGCUCCAUCUAGUGCUCUGAAAGUAUCUUCACAGCUUGCACGUUGGUCAGUUUUAAGAGCAUUAUUAAUGAGUGUAUUGUAGACAUAUAAAGCAGAAACACAACCAUAUAUAUCUACUGCGAUUUCACAGCACGGUCUACGAACUUCUCUACAAAAAAAAAAAAUAUAGCCUAAACAAGUCAAUAUAUUUUCACCCCAAAUAUCCAUUAUCUAUAUCUGUAUCAAGACAAAAUCAACUUGAAUAUGUAUACUUUCCAGUAUUGCUGUUACACUACUUUAAUAUAAUGAUGUGUGGAAAAAGUACUGAGAAAUUAUACUUAAGUAUAGGUAAUGUGUCAAAAUCUUACUCAGUUAAUGGUGGAAGUAUCCAGCCAAAAAUGCACUCAGAUGAAAGUAAAAUCGUGGCUACACUGAAGUAUUAAAAAGUAAAAUAAAAAUGUUUUAACUGAUAAAAUUAAGUGACUUUUAUAACUCAUCUAAAACUGUUAGAAGAUAAUUGUCCUUUUAAAGCAUCUACGCAGGUUUACCUGGAAACAUUAUUCAAUCUCUGUAAGUUUGCUGGUCAUAUGCUUGGCUAAUGUUAUGUAGUUUGCUAAUGAAUUAAUCAGGAAUAAAAUACCUUAACUAUACAGUAAAUAACCAAUAUUUACUAUUAGCUAUUGGUUUGAAUUUACAGAAUUUCACUUGCUAGCCAAUUACAUUACAUACUGGAAUCUAGGCUCAUCUAACCUGGUAUUAGCAAAGGAAACAGGCUAACUUAGUUAAAUAUAGGUAGGUAAUAUUAGCAAAUUAUAUUUUGUAUGAGUCUUUGCUUACUCCAGCAUACUAAAACAUUUUACUAAGAUAGGGCCAGGGCAUUCAUCCUCAAAUUCCACACUGCAGUCCAGUGGCUUAUCCUAUUAUCUUCAGAUGCACCUGAAUAGCUAUAGCGCUACAUUGUGUGAGAAAGUUACAGCAGAUGUCAAAUUAGCAUGAUAUUUGAUAGUGUUUGACAUUGAUGAACUUGAUUGGAUGUUAAACUGAAAUGAUUGGAUGCUAAAUUGAGCCCAUUCUAUUGGUAAGUAGUGUACAGGCAUUGGUUGGAUGAGAGAAGAAGAGACUUUUAACAUUUGUAAUGAGUUCUUCGAAGGUCUGCAUAAAGAUGUAAGGAGUACAUUUGGAAAUGAAAUUAAAUAAGUGUACAAGUAUUCAAUUUCAGUAAUACUGGAGUAAAGUAUAAAUAUGGCAAAAUAAAGUAAUACAUAGAAAAAUUA